AUGGGUAAUGGCUUUGCAUUCUCAGUUCUCAUUUUCACUGCAAUCGGAAUAGCAAUGGCAAUUCCAUUGGGUGACUGUGUUAACCCACCGGUGGUGUUUGUCUUCGGCGAUUCCAACUCGGAUACUGGUGGACUCGCUUCUGGACUCGGUUUCCCUAUCAAUCUUCCCAAUGGCCGCACUUUCUUCCGCAGAUCCACUGGUCGAUUGUCCGAUGGACGCCUCGUCAUCGACCUACUCUGCCAAAGUUUGAAUGCAAGUUUGUUGGUGCCAUACUUAGACGCCUUGUCCGGAACCUCAUUCACAAAUGGAGCAAACUUUGCAGUGGUGGGGUCCUCUACUCUCCCUAAGUAUGUUCCUUUCUCCUUAAAUAUACAGGUCAUGCAGUUCCGGCAUUUCAAAGCUCGUUCUCUUGAUCUUGUUACGGCAGGUGCAAGAAAUUUCUUCAAUGACGAAGGCUUCCGUAAUGCACUCUACUUGAUUGAUAUUGGGCAAAACGACAUUGCUGAUUCAUUUGCCAAAAAUCUGUCAUACGCUCAAGUCAUAAAAAAGAUCCCAUCCUUUAUAACUGAGAUUGAAAAUGCUAUUAAGAAUUUACAUAAUGAAGGUGCCAGGAAGUUUUGGGUUCACAAUACUGGGCCACUGGGCUGUCUUCCAAAAAUACUUGCACUGGCUCAGAAGAAGGAUCUAGAUUCAUUGGGAUGUCUUUCUAGCUAUAACUCUGCUGCUAGAUUAUUUAAUGAAGCGCUGCUUCAUUUGAGUCAGAAACUAAGAUCUGAACUGAAGGAUUCUACUCUAGUCUAUGUUGAUAUUUAUGCCAUUAAGUAUGACCUCAUCACAAAUGCCGCAAAAUAUGGUUUUUCAAAUCCGUUGAUGGUAUGUUGCGGCUUUGGGGGGCCUCCUUACAACUUUGACGCAAGGGUAACAUGUGGUCAACCUGGUUAUCAGGUUUGUGAUGAAGGGGCUCGAUAUGUAAGCUGGGAUGGAAUUCAUCAAACUGAAGCUGCAAAUACGAUGAUAGCUUCCAAGAUACUUUCCAUGUCUUAUUCCACUCCGCGGACAUCUUUUGAUUUCUUCUGCCACCACUAA